GCUAUCAUUUGUGACAUGUCAAAGUCAAAUAAGAUGCAAUUUUCUCAAAUAUUGUGUGUAGGCUUCACCGUUUUUUAACCACUUUUUGCAUCACAAAGAGCGCAUUUGUAAGUAGUCAACCACCAAAGCGCCGAACCGACAGAGAUUGAUCAAAAUCGUGCUCAAAAUGAUUUUAGAUCGCCUCUAUCGCAAUCUAAUUCCGAUAGAGGCAUAUUUAUAGAACCGAUUGAACUGAAACUUCUCAGUUUUGUUAAUCAAUCCAAGUUUCACAGUUGAUGUGAAAUUCUGCAGGCGUCGGCAUCGCUACUUAUCAUCGCGUUUCAUAACAGUUAUCCGCCAGUUUUUCACAACGAUCAUAGAUGCCACUAGCGACUAGUCUGUACCGUGAGUUUUAAUCGAGUUUUCCCCCCACGAUUGGCGUCUCAAAUCCACAGUUCUCGACAAGUGCCGCGACGCUCAGCACGGACGCCCGAUCCGACGUCUUGUGUUACAUGUGCUUGCAAACGGUGACGUAAUAGUUUACAUAACAAUACAGUAAAUAGUGGUUAUUUAAUGGAGUUUUCCAUGUGGAUACAGUGAUUUUGGAUACGGUUUUCUCAUUGUGCACCUGAACGGCAUUUAGAUUGGCGCUGAACUCACUGUGAGUGAUCUGCACCAUGGACCAUCCAACCAAAAAGGACAAUACCAUGAUGGACUGUGGGCGCCAAUUGAAAAAAAUUCCAGAAAGUACCAAGAAGCGAGUGAAUAGUGUCCAGACGACUAUUCUAAGUGCCAUCAGCAACAAAGAAUUGAACUUAUUCCUGUGCAUUGUGUGCGGUAACAUUUUGAGACAACCUGUGACUGUUAAGUGCGGCCACACUCUAUGCAUGUCAUGUCUGGAUAAAAUGCCGGAGAAAUGCAGGAAAUGUUCCCAAGAUGUGGAAGAAGAACAGUUCAGGGUGAACGUUUUGGUUCAGGGUCUGAUCGAAAAAUGGACGGAAAGGAAUAAGCUGAAUAAUACUGACACACCGGUGGUUAUUUUGGUACUACACCCGAGAUACGUGUUGAGGUCCGGAUGCGCAGGAUUUCAAUACACUGUGGACAUUAGCAGGAAGAUUUCGACGAAAUGGAAAAAAUCACAGAUAUUCGACUUGAACCACCCAAAACGACAGAUUUACCGCAAACUGAGCUACCGCCGAAAACCCACCAAACACCCGGCGAAAACCCGCAAGGAAAAUCAACGGAACAGCGACUCAUUCGGCAAAAUGUUAGAUAAUAUGUUGAUCGAAUUGGAAAUGACUGUCGAAAAAGCCCUGAGGGACAGCUGGGAGUGCAUAUCGGAGGAGGAUUUGGAGUGUUUGCUUUGUAGACGGUGUCUAGCUGAUCCAGUCACCACUCCAUGUGGCCACACCUUUUGCAGGGACUGUCUGACGAGGGUGUUAGACCACCGAUUGACCUGCCCUCUAUGUGUCUCCAAAUUAUCAGUCGGGGACUAUUUCCGGGGAACCACUGCAGUCCUGGACCAAGCCACUCAGUUCCUUUUUCCCAAAAAGCGCCCCCAUCAGCAGUGCGGCAGCGACGAACACUCUUCAGACAAUGUUUCAGUAUUUGUGUGUACCAAUGCAUUCCCAGGGGUGGCGUGUCCGCUCUACGUCAAUGAGCCCCGUUAUCGGCUGUUGGUGCGACGAUGUUUAGAAAGUCGCAGCAAAACGUUCGCCAUGACCAGCCUGGACCCCAGUGGUGCCAAGCUGAUGCAAUAUGGAACCAUUCUGGAGGUGAAGGACGCUAUUAGUCUGCAGGAUGGGCGCAUUAUCUUGUCCACUCAAGGGAUUCGGCGCUUCAAGGUGAUCAGUCGGGAUGAGAAGGAUGGCUACGACACUGCCAAGGUGGAGCACAUCUACGACAUCACUCCCACUCCAGAGCGGAUUUCCGGUCUGGUUUCGCUGCACAGAAAAGUCUACACGCGCGCCGUCCGAUGGAUCCACUUGCUGUCGCCUGCCGCCCUUUCUGAGGUGGAACGACUGAUCGGAAAAAUGCCGCAGAUCGAAACCGAUUGGCUCACUCUCCCUGACGGCCCGUCCUGGACUUGGUGGCUGAUCCCCAUUCUACCGCUGAGCGCUCAGCUUCAGGUGGGAUUUCUGAGCAGCACCAGCUUGGAGAAGCGGCUCAGGGCCAUUGAUAAGAUGCUGGAACACAUGAAGGUCCGAAUGCAGGCUGAGCCGCGCAAGGACUCAGUUACCUACACGGCCAACGAUGAUGGCAUGGUGUUUUGCAGCGAAUAAUUCGCGCGAUGAACCAAGUUUUUUAUUUUCACACUUUUUAACUUAUUUUUGUAUCAAUAAAUUUGCCAUUUUACUA